AAUGGAAAACCCUCCAAAGCUUCCAUUGAAGUUUCAAGUCCUUCUCCGUCUCCACUCGUUCGCCACCUCCAUCGGUCGUCGCCCUAACAUGACUGUCAACCGUUGCUUAACAAACCUCUUCGACCUCAAAUUCUCUCCUUCUUCUAAACCCAACAACGGCGUUUCGACUCGCGACAUCGUUUUCGACCGUGCUCGCAAUCUCUGGUUUCGUCUCUUUGUUCCGUCUUCGGUUUCUGAUGAUGUUAGUCUACCAGUUGUUGUGUACUUUCAUGGCGGCGGGUUUGUGUUUUUUUCUGCUAGUUCGAUGUCGUACGAUGAUCUUGGUCGGAGACUUGCACGUGACCUCCGUGUUGUGGUUGUGUCGGUAAAUUAUCGUCUCUCUCCCGAGCACCGGUAUCCACUUCCCUAUGAAGAUGGAUUUGAUGGUUUGAAAUUUCUCGAUGAAAUGGGCUUUGAUUCUGUCGUUUUUCCGGCGAAAGCUGAUCUUGGUCGGUGUUUUCUCGCCGGAGAUAGUGCCGGUGGCAACUUGGCCCACCACGUCGCCGUCAGAGCAGCUGGAUAUGACUUCAAGAAGGUGAACAUCAAAGGCUUAAUAGCAAUACAACCA